AUGGGGGGUCCCCAGGCACAACCCCCGCACCCUGUACCUCCAGGAGCGGAUGAACAUGACUCUGGGGCUCAUGCGGGGCACCAUCCACCGCUGCAACAAGUCAACCAGGAGAUGUACGUGACGCGCGGGCUCAUCAAGGGCCCUCUGCUGAAGACUCACCUGGAGGCCAAAGAGAAACUAGACAGACCCCUGGUUCGAAUGUACCAGAAACACGUGGGCACCCAGCUUCCCGAGGCAACACGCCUGGCCCAGGGCACUAACAGGCUGCAGCAGCACAACACACUCAUGGAAAAGAACCUGAAGGAGCUGCUGACCACCCGGGACCGCCUGGCUGGAUGCCUGGGGGCCAAGGAGCUGGGCUAUGAAAUAGACCACAACGUGGUACGCCUGCGCCGCCGCCAGCAGCACCCCCACGUGGGCUACGAGCAGGCCCAGCAGCUGGUCCACGACUGA